GGUCUAUGAGGAGCGGCGGGGGCUGCCAUGGGCCGGGGGCUGCUCGGGGGCCUGUGGCCGCUGCACGUCGUCCUGUGGACGCGCAUCGCCAGCACGAUCCCGCCGCACGUUCCCAAGUCGGUUAACAGCGACCUGAUGGUCACUGAUCACAACGGUGCCGUCAAGCUGUCGCAGCUGUGUAAGUUCUGUGACGUGCGAUCGUCCACCUGCGACAACCAGAAGUCCUGCUGGAGCAACUGCAGCAUCACGGCCAUCUGCGAGAAGCCGGAGGAGGUCUGCGUGGCUGUCUGGAGGAAGAAUGACGAGAACAUCACGCUGGAGACGGUCUGCCACGACCCCAAGAUUGCCUACCAUGGAUUUGUCCUGGACGAUGCUGCUUCUCCAAAGUGCAUCAUGAAGGAAAGAAAGGGGUCCGGAGAGACUUUCUUCAUGUGCUCCUGCAGCGCUGAAGAGUGCAACGACCACAUCAUCUUCUCCGAAGAGUACACCAGCAGCAACCCUGACUUGCUGCUGGUCAUCUUCCAAGUGACAGGCGUCAGCCUCCUGCCACCGCUGGGCAUCGCCAUCGCAGUCAUCGUCAUUUUCUACUGCUACCGCAUCCACCGGCAGCAGAAGCUGAGCCCAGCCUGGGACUCGGGCAAGCCGCGCAAGCUGAUGGAGUUCAGCGAGCACCUGGCCAUCAUCCUGGAGGACGACCGCUCUGACAUCAGCUCCACCUGCGCCAACAAUAUCAACCACAACACGGAGCUGCUGCCCAUCGAGCUGGACACCCUGGUGGGCAAGGGGCGCUUCGCCGAGGUCUACAAGGCCAAGCUGAGGCAGAACACGUCUGAGCAGUUUGAGACCGUGGCCGUCAAGAUCUUCCCCUACGAGGAGUAUGCCUCCUGGAAGACGGAGAAGGACAUCUUCUCGGACAUCAACCUCAAGCACGAGAACAUCCUGCAGUUCCUAACGGCCGAGGAGCGCAAGACGGAGCUGGGCAAGCAGUACUGGCUCAUCACUGCCUUCCACGCCAAGGGCAACCUGCAGGAGUACCUGACGCGCCACGUCAUCAGCUGGGAGGACCUGCGCCGGCUGGGCGGCUCACUGGCCCGCGGCAUCGCGCACCUGCACAGCGACCACACCCUGUGCGGCCGGCCCAAGAUGCCCAUCGUGCACAGGGACCUCAAGAGCUCCAACAUCCUGGUCAAGGGCGACCUCACCUGCUGCCUCUGCGACUUCGGGCUCUCACUGCGGCUGGACCCCACCCUGUCGGUAGAUGACCUGGCCAACAGUGGGCAGGUGGGAACGGCGAGAUACAUGGCUCCAGAGGUCCUCGAGUCCAGGAUGAAUCUGGAGAAUGUCGAGUCCUUCAAGCAGACGGAUGUCUACUCCAUGGCCCUGGUGCUCUGGGAGAUGACGUCUCGCUGCAACGCCGUGGGAGAAGUGAAGGACUAUGAGCCUCCGUUCGGGUCUAAGGUGCGGGAGCAUCCCUGUGUGGAGAGCAUGAAGGACAGCGUGCUGAGAGACCGAGGCCGACCAGAGAUCCCCAGCUCCUGGCUCAACCACCAGGGCAUCCAGACGGUGUGCGAGACGCUGGCCGAGUGCUGGGACCACGACCCCGAGGCCCGGCUCACGGCGCAGUGCGUGGCCGAGCGCUUCAGCGAGCUGGAGCACCUGGACAGGCUCUCGGGGAGGAGCAGCUCGGAGGAGAAGAUCCCCGAAGACGGCUCCCUCAACACUACCAAAUAGCUCUUCCCGCGGCCGGCCCAGCCCGGCCGCCCUGUGGCCAAAGAGCAGGGUCAGCAGGAAGCUGCCCCUGACGAUGCUUCCUGGAACCCGGGGUGCUCCCUCCCCCGAGCUGGGAGGGGGUGGCAGGAAGCAGCCUCUGCCUUUGACGUUGUCAUAGGAUAAGCUGUGUUAGCACUUCCUCAGGAAAUGAGAUUGAUCUUACAAUAGCCAAUAACAUUUGCACUUUAUUAAUGCCUGUAUAUAAAUAUGAAAUAGCUAUGUUUAUAUAUAUCUAUAUAUGUCUAUAUAUACACAGCCAUACUAGUGGAAGGAGGUGAGGACAGAGAUCACACGUGUCCAGACGUGGGCUGGAUGGGCAGCCUCAGCACUUGGUGGCACGCAUGUGCUGGGCUCAGGGCACAGGGGGAGGGGGUCUCUGCCUUCAGAGAGAGGCUCAGGUCUCGGAGCUUGCUGUGCCACAUUGCACUUGCUUUUGCAACGUAGUAACUCCCUGCACUGGGUCCUGUUCUGGCUGUGGAGCCAAUCGGAGCCGCACUGUCUGGGGACCAGACCCCGAGGUCCCCACGUCCCAUCAUCUCUCCUGGACUCGGCACUGAGCUUCACACCCACGUCUGGUUUGUGAACCGCCUUCCUCAGCUAGCGCUGAAAGUCUCAUCGCGUUAACGUUUUAAGUCCCAUCUUUUACCUCCACAAGCUACGGAAAAAUCAGAACAUGUUUCCCUACCCGUGAAAUUGCCACACCUUGUACUGAGAAAGUGUUCUUUUUAAAAAAGUCCCCCCCCAACCUAUGUUACUGUUCCCCAUUUCCUAAAAGGGAACAGAUCUCCCUUCCAGGUUCUUUAUGUUCAGUUUUUCAUCACGCUUGGUUUCCGUCUUCCGCUUGCUAUGCAUCACUGGUAGGUCUCAGGCUCCAGGGGACUUGAGCACGUUUUGGCCACAUGGACAGUAUUGAAGCAGCAUGGUGCUGCGACAGUCAGGACUGUCUCUCCAGGCACUCGGAACGUGUGUUUUGCUUGGCCAGCACAGUGUUUAACAAAAUUGAGCCACUUUUUAAAUAUCUGGAGAUUUUGCAAAAAAAUUUGGGAUCCCCGAGUGAGACUAGAUAGCAGACGGCUUACAGUUCUCACUGUCCCACGUCAUUCACAGAUGAAGGCGUAGACACACUUAGAAAGCUGCUCUCUCCCCCUGUUCUCACCCUAGUUCGGGAAUUAAACCUUCUUUCCCCAGCCAAGGUUCCCUGCAAGAAAUGUGCAUUCACGCAACCAUUCUCUGGCUAAUAGAGUGUGGUUUUGAUUCCCUUCCUGGGGUGAAAAUUUGAAGUCGGCCUUUUUUUCUGGAGUGACAAGGACUGCCUCUGGAUGGUCCCUGUUAACCCAAAUCUCUUUUGCUUGUAUGUUAAGAGUGUUCCCCUCUGCAUUCAAGGGGGGAGACCUUUACUCCAAGAAGUUGUUGUCAUGGUUACCAGUCUCUUAGUCUCUUACCCACCUUCCCAGGGUUUGCAGAAUUUGAAUGUGGGAUGCAGGAGUCCCAUCUGCAGUUAGGAAAUCUGUGUCCAUGUGGGUAAGAACCAAGAAUGAGCUUUAAUCCUCCAUAGGAAACUUGGUAAUCCACAAACAGGUGUUAAUGCUGCAAAUAAGCUCUUUUGUAAAAAUGAUUUGAAGCUUAUUUUCAGCCGAAUAGGUAGGAAUAUUGGAGAGGGACUGGCAAUGAUCAGAUCAGCUCUGCUUGGGUUUUGGAAGCCACAUCUCGUUGGGGUUUUAGCAGACACGCUGAAGUUGGGAUUAGGUGGAAUUUUUAGGAACCCUUCUCGGUUCAGGUGGACUGACAGAGAUAAGGCAGUUUGGCCACAAUGCCAUGGAAGUGCCCAGAAGUCCCGUGCACUUUAGAGCUGGUGAUGCUGUCCCAAUAGCUGUUGCUCAUUGACCUCUAGUGGUGAAUUUCCAGAAUACUGGUCCAUUAUGAGAACUUCCAAGAUUCAAGAGCUUUAUCACUUCUGGGUCAUCAUCAGCAUAAACUGGAAUGUAGAUGAUACUGUGGCUUGUUUUGUUUUCUCCUUAUUCAAGAAAAAGACCAAGGAAUAACAUUCUGUAGUUCCUAAAAAUACUGACUUUUUUCACUACGUAAAGGGAAAGUUUUAUUCUUUUAUGGAACAUUUCAGCAAUACUCAUGUAUUAAAAUAGGAAUGUGAAUGCUGUAUACUCUUUUUAUAUCAAAUGU